AUAAACUUCACAAAUAACAAAAUUUUGCCUUGGAACUUUUGCAUAGACAACUCAAAAAUACCACAGCCAGUUGCAUGAUUGAAGACUUAAGGACUGAGGAGCCCCACUGCCAAAUUGAAUGGCGUCAGAGGCGCUGGAUGGGGAUAACCUUCUCCAGUUGCAGCCCGAGGAAAAUGGGAAAAAUGACGGACAGCUGCUGCCCGACGAAAUCCAGCGGUGCACUGGACUAAGUUAUAACGAUUUUUACUGGCGCUACAUGCACAAGAAUUUCCCGGUCAUUAUCACGGACGUCUCCAACGAUUGGGAGUGCCAGCAGUGGACAGUGGUCCAGGAAGCCAGGGAUCUCAACUCCAAUCGCCCCAGUGCAUCCUCUUCCAUCAACUUUGACUACCUCAAAAACAAGAUUACCAAUUGCCCGGUUCCAGUCGCCGAUUGUAAUUCGUCGUACUUCAAUAGUCACACCAAACUGGAGCUCAAUUUUCACGAUUACCUCGAGAGAUGGCGAAGUAGCAUCGGGAAUCAAUCAUCAUCAUCAUCACCGGAAGUCAAUAGUAAUGUGGAUCCCGCGACCAGGGACAAUCUCUACCUCAAGGACUGGCAUCUGGCUGCCCAAAUGCCGGAGUAUAAGUUCUACAAGGUGCCUAAAUACUUUGCCUCCGAUUGGCUCAACGAACAACUGAUGGAUCAGAAGAAGGACGACUACAGAUUCGUCUACAUGGGACCCAAGAACUCAUGGACCUCCUAUCAUUCGGAUGUGUUUGGCUCCUUCAGCUGGUCCACCAACAUAGUGGGCCUGAAGAAAUGGAUUAUAAUGCCGCCGGGAGAAGAGCUCAAGCUGAACGAUCGCUUGGGUAACCCGCCCUUCAGCAUAGACGAGCAAAUGCUGGAUGAGCACAAUGUGCGAUAUUACACCAUCGAUCAGCGGGCCAAUGAGGCAGUUUUCGUGCCCAGUGGUUGGUUCCAUCAGGUGUGGAACCUGACGGACACCAUAUCCGUCAAUCACAACUGGUUCAAUGCCUGCAACAUAUCUAUGGUGUGGCAGAACCUCAGGCACAACCUGAAGGCCGUAUGCCGAGAGAUCUCCGACUGCCAGCAGAUGGAUGAUUUCGAGGCCCACUGCCAGACAAUGCUGAGGGCCAGCUUUGGCAUCAACUACCUCGAUUUUAUAGAGCUCCUCGAGUUCAUUGCCGCUCGCCGAUUGGCCGAGGAAACCGCAGCCACCAAGUUUUUACUGUUCGAUAGCUAUAGAAUGAAUGAUUAUCAUGUGCAAUACGAUCUCGAAUGCUUGAGGAGGAUCACGAGGACACUGUCGGAGGAUCCGACAAUCCAGCGUAGUCCCCUUCAGUUGGAGGGUCGCUGCCGGCAGUUGCUCGCCCGAUUAGAGUUUUAGUCAUAGCACAUGGAAAAGGCCUUGGCAUAUUUUUAUACCAAACUUGUAUUCAUAUACAACCGAUAGUCGUAAUAUUUUAAUACAGAUAUUUAAACACCCAUUA